AUGAAUCUGCUAUGCCUCCUCUUUCUGUUUGCAACUUUAUUCGCGUCUGUCUCACCAGCACUGUGGGAUCUAGUAAAUAUGAUGCGCAAGGUUCUAAGAGUUAAUCCUUUUAACUACAUCAACUACGGAUGUUACUGCGGUCCGGGAACUGGACCCAUAACCGUUCCCCCAGUGGAUGGGAUUGACACGUGUUGUUAUCAUCAUGAUCACUGCUACGGUGAUACAAAAAAGUUAUGCAAGAACUCAUUCCGGGAAUAUUACACGAAUUACAGUUGGACUUUCAAUCCGAAAACUAAAGAAAUCAGAUGUGCAUCAUGGAAAACAACAUGCGCUCGAGCAUUGUGCGAAUGCGAUGUGAAAGUAGCGAAGUGCUUUGCCUAUUACACAAGAUUAACAGGAAAAAAGAAGGGAUGCACAACCAACGAGUACACCAAAAGAUGGAUUCGAACAAAGAGUCGCCCAUUUGAACCUUGGCAUAACCAAACUAUGUAUAAUUACUACAUGACUAAUGGUAAAUACCGGCUUCCGUAAUUCUGUGUCUGUCUCUUUUUUAUCUUUUUCUCCGUUUUUCUUUGUUUACAUCACUACUUGCCACUGGAUCCUACGUGUUUGCUC